AUGGCGUCAGGGCACAAUACUGGGAACUCGGUGACACCGACUCAGAAUCGAGCGUUCGGUGAUGGGAGGAAGUCAUCCUUUUCACACAGCCAAGAGGAGAAUGCGUGGAAUGAUGGCGCCUCACAGCAGUCGACUCGCAAUGGUCGCUCUGCCUCUGGCGGGAGCAGCUCCAUCAGCACCCGCGGGGGCUCGUUGGCACCGUUUGCGCAGCCUGGGAGUUUCAGUUCCGAGCUCAAGAGUAUGAAUACUUCGCGCAGCGUCACUCCUCGCCCUGAUACCGCCGGGUUCCCGUUUCCUAGAGUUGCCAAUACUGCGGAAGAAAACGAGGCUACCGCCAAAACCGAAAAGCGCCAGGCAGCCAUUCGAGAUAGGAUUGCGAAGGAGUUGAAGAUCAAAAUGGGCACGGAAAAUAUGCUGGAAGCGUUGUUGACGAAGAAUUUAAAGCAAACAAAAGAGCAAAGGAUAAGAGUGGAGUCGGAAUUGAGCUCUUCGAAUCGAAAGCUCGCACAGCUACAUAUGGACCUAGAGGAGGAGCUAUAUCGCGCGCAGCACCCAUCGACACCACCUCGGAGUCGAUUAUCAGGGUUAUUCCGCGGCAGCCCAAUGCGGUCGCCAUCCCGAGGCACGGAAUCUGUUGAUGACGAGGUAGAGAAUGCAGAUGGAGAGACCGAAUCUCCUACAUAUGUACUGGCAGAAACUUUACAGGCCCUGGAGACUGAAGGAAUGGCACCGGAUUAUUACGUGGAAAGGGCAAACAGCUUGGUUGAUCUUUUCAAGCGGCACCCUACACUCAAAUAUGACCUCGAAUGGUCCGUCUUUGGUCAACGAGUCCAAAUGAUGUUAUUGAGCGACAGUAGAGAAGUUGUAGCGGCUGGUUACCGCUUGACACGAUACGCCAUCGCAGAUAGAGCCUCGAUCAGGACCAUCCGGACCUUACAUACGGAUGAGCUCGUGACUCUGUCCUUGGUCAAGGAAAGCAAAGCCAGUAUUGAGAGAGAACAGGCAUUAAAGUUCGUUAGAGCUUUUCUAGACGUCAAAGAUGGAGUCCACGAGAUCUCCCGAGCUGUGGUCCGAGCUAUAGUGUCUGUUGCCGAGCAUCAUGAGGAUCGCCUGAGGAAUAUUUCUAUCAUGACACUGGCUGAAAUAUUGACCAAAGACCCAGCCCUUCUAUCAUAUUCGGGAGGCAUGAGCGCUCUACACGAUGCCCUAUCUGAGGGGACAUUUGGAGCCUCGGAAAGCUUGAUAGGAAGCUUCCUACACAUCAUGGACACGCCUCAUAGGCGAAAGCAUCUCCAAAAAGGUCGUGAGCUCGAAGCGGUCCUAACUCCAUUUACAGACUCGUUUUCAGAUACCCAUCCGGGGCGCUUAAAGUGCUCCGCCAAGGCCAUUUCAGCAAUGCUGAAGACAUGGCCUGGUCUUCUUGUUUUGGCCAGAGAUAGAUCACUCCCACUUCGAUCUUUACUCGAAUCACUAAAAUACCCCGAUCCUCAAGCUCGGGAGCUGGUAUUAGAACUGCUCUUUGAGGCUCUCCGAAUCAAAUCACCCUCCUGGUCCUCAUCAUUCCUUGCCGGUCGACGUCUGACAACGUAUGGCAGGGUAUCAAACCUUCGCACAGAAGCAGACAGAAAACAGCUACGCUUUUACAACGAAAAUGACAAGAAUAGAUUCGAUCUUACCGUGCACUUCUCCGCCUUGGUAUUGGCCACGCUGCUCGAGGCAAACUUAAUCAAGGCGCUGUCAACUCUUAUUGAAGUCGAGUCAAAUCAAGCUCUUAGGCGCAAAGCUACCUUGCUAUUGGCGGAGGUCUUGAAAAUGGCUCAACAUUCUCUCCCUCAUUCUAUCAGUUCCGAUUUACAAGUUCUUCCUGCAUUGUUACCGGGCGCCGUGAGAUUUGAUGUCGACACUCAUGAGAUCUCCACUUCAAUAAUCUACCAAAUAGAAAGCAUCAAUCGCACGUUGGCUCGAUCUGGGUCUAUUUCGGGUGCAUCAGGAAGAUAUGCAGUCGUUGAUGACGAUAUAUCAGCCUCGCUUCUUUCCGGAGAGUCAUCUAAGAAUAGGCUCAACCCCGCUAUGGAUGAAACCUCAUUCAGAAAUUAUAUUCUCGAGACUCAGGUGUUGAAUACCGUCAACUACGUCAAGUGGAAAUGGGAUUUGAUUUUGCGCAUCAUCGAGGGUCCUCUCACCAACCCCAAACGAUUAGAAGAGGCCAUCAAGGGCUCGAAAUUCAUAAAACGGCUUGUGGGGUUUUACCGGCCUUUCAAAUAUAGGUUCUCUAUGAUCCCAAACACCAAACCAAAUCAGAGAUACGUAAGAGCAGGUUGUGCUUUAUUACGAACUCUGAUGCAAACUGCUGAGGGAGUAAAAUACAUUGCCGACAAUAAAUUGCUCCGGCAGGUUGCCGAAUGCCUCGCACAGGUAGAUCGAAUGAGUGGCCUCACCUCUGCGGCUCCUCUAUUUUCCAGAGAACAAAUGGCCGGCACAUUGAGUGGUGGCUACUUUGCAUUACUCGGAGUUUUGAGCGGGGAUAGCCAAGGACUCUCGAUGAUGGAAAGAUGGCAUAUGGCCAACAUGUUCUAUCAUAUCAUCGAGCUCAAAGACCGGAGUGAUCUGAUCCAGGCCCUUCUUGGAAACAUGGAUUUCACUUUGGAAAGUCAUCUACGAGUUCUACUUUCUAAAGCGCUCACCGCAGGCACCAUAGACAUACGAAUUUUCGCCACGAAACUUCUCCGCAAAUAUGCGGUAGGUGGCCAUAUAUCAGUCAGUAACGUGGAUUGGGUUGUUCGUAUGCUUGUGACUCAGCUUUAUGACCCAGACGUUAGUGUUUGCGAAGUAGCUGUGAAAAUCCUGGAGGAAGCGUGCAACCAGCGAGAGUAUUUGGAAUACGUUGUCAAAUGCCGACCGUCCCUCGACCACCUUGGUGAGAUUGCGGCGCCGCUGCUUCUUCGGUUCCUUUCAACAUCUGUUGGAUACCAUUACCUUGAUGGGCUUGAUUACAUCACACAGGAGAUGGACGAUUGGUUUCUCGGAAGGAAUGACGCCUACGUCGUCCUUGUCGAAGCCUCGCUUUCCCGUGCCUAUGUGGAUCAGCCUCGAAGACACACUUUCGCUCCUGAUGAUAUAGAUGAGAUGCAGGACAUUGGAGUUGUACCACCACAUUUUUAUCGGGAGCUUGCUCGAACUUCCGAGGGAUGUAAGCUGCUUGAGCAAUCCGGCCACUUUCUCGAAUUCGCAAGUACCAUUCGGGACUUUGAGCUCAACGAAGAGGACCCUGAAGGUCUGUUGAAGGUCAAGGGUUGUCUCUGGGCCGUGGGCAAUGUUGGCUCCAUGGAACUCGGGGCGCCCUUUUUGGAGGAGACAGAGAUUGUGCAGGAUAUUGUCAAUAUUGCCGAGGGAGCCGAUGUCAUUACGAUGAGAGGCACGGCAUUUUUUGUUCUCGGCUUGAUAUCACGUAGCCAGCACGGAUUGGAGAUGCUCCACGAGGCGGGCUGGGAUGCUGCAAUCGAUCAACGUGGUAAAUCCCUGGGGUUCUGCCUGCCGAAUUCCUUGAACAAGUUAUAUUCUCUGCCCGAUGUUCCAAAUAUUCGCGAUCAGGAUCUCAGGCGGCUAUCACGAGAGAUAUUCAAAGCCGCGUCGACGGAUUCAGACCCCCAGAACCAGCGUAUUCUCAAGCUGAUUGUUGAUAUGGGAAAUACUGUUCUCUCUAAGAAAGCAGCAAAUGAUCUCCAAGGUCUAAAAGCAAGGUAUCCAGACCGUUUUCACUCGGUCGACCUGUUCCGAAAAACCCUCACGAUCCUCGAAAGCCAUCAUUUCCGCCUGCCGGCGCGACGCUUUGCUUUGGAUCUGUUUGACAAGACCGUCAUGAGACGCGUUGUCCUUGAAGAAGACUCGGGCUCGGAUUCUGACAGUAGUUGA